CCUUGUAUCCGCCCUAUACAAUUUUGAACCCUCGCUAUUGCUAUUUCUAUUUCUAUCAAUCCCUUCUUCCAUCACUGAUGAAAAUGCCGAAAGGGAAGGACGAAUCAGGAAGCAGAAGCCCAAAUAAUAUGCCUUCGAUCGACGAUUUAGGCGACGAUCUCAUGCAAAACAUUCUCAGUCGCUUACCGGCGCUAUCCUUUGCAUCCGCGGCCUGCGUUAACCGCUCCUGGAGCUCCGUCUGCCACCGCGUUCUCUCCGUUCCCAAGCUCCGCUCCGCCGUUUCUUUUAACCCUACCCUUGAGAAUGCUGUGAAUGAGGUUAUGGACAAGGUCUUACAUGAACCAAUUCGACCUCAUUUCGUGAUGGCCUCUAUUGGUCCCUACGUUUGCUUGGAAGCGGCUUUCAAACUGAUUGAAGGGAAAUUUGGUUCCGGUAUUCCUAUAAUUGUAAAUGUGUGUGAGGGUGUUAUUGGCAAGGAUGUGCUCACAGAUCAGUUUGUAGAGUUUCAAUGGGAAAUAACAGAGGAGGAGGAUGGUGGUGCCGAGUUGCUCGAGCAAAAGGGGGGCAUUUCAUUGACAAUUGGAUUUUUACCAGGACUAAAGGCCCAUAUAAUUCCUCUGUUGUUCAGAAUCAAGGGACCUCACGGCAUUCUUAUUGACGACUUUGUGAUGGAUAUCAGAGAAGCUACAUCAACUGUCUCAUCUCCUGCAUCUCCUGCUGGAAUAAUAUUGUUUUCUGAUCGAGAAACAGACAUCAAUCCAGUUCUUCAAACACUUGAAUAUGCCUUUUCUGAGGAUACAUUCAUUGUUGGUGACGGAGGCUGUCAAUUUCUGUAUAGAAGUGAUAGUGGAAACACCAUUACCAAUCAGAAAAACUCUGGUUGUGCUGCAGUUGCCCUAGUAUUUGCAAGGGAUGCUAACAAACCGUUGGAUAUUGGAGAAACUAAAUUCCAUGUCAGGUUAUCAACUGGCGUAUCACCAAUUGGUCCCACCUACAGAGCUGCUUCUGUUAAAUGUCGGAAAAGUUCUACCUGGCUCACUGCAUCUAGAGAAAUGGUUCGUGGGCAUCUUGAUGGCCAAGCAAUUUUAGAAGAAAUUUAUGAUGAGCUAGGAAAUCGUAUACAGUAUCCAGCUUUCUAUAUUGGAGUAACCAAAAGAAGAAAAUGCUCAGUUGGGAUGGAAAUCGUUAGACGGAUGCAAUUUCUUGAAUUCCAUGAAGUGCGGGGAGGGGAUGAAGAAUAUCUGAUUGUGAAUUCUGUUGGUAUCAAAACUGGAGACUCCUUCCGCUUUUAUAUCUCAGAUUCUGGAGCUGCCUUGUCAUCUUGCACCAAAGUUUCAAAUAACCUCAGGCAUCUAGAUUGCGACUGCGGAAACAACCACAUGAAUGAUGUUGAUCACUGUGACAAAAGUAACGUGUUUGGUGGCAUUAUUUUUACUUGUUGUGGCCGGGGUGAAUCAUUCUUUGGAGUCCAUGGUAUUGAUAGCUCACCUUUUCUGAAGAACUUUCCUGGGGUUGCUUUCGGGGGUACUUACUGUGCUGGGGAAAUUUGCCGUGGGGAUUUGAACUUGUAUGAACAAGAUAACGAAGAAGGUGAUCUUGUUCACUGCGGUCAGCAUGUCUACAGUACCGUUUACUUGGUCAUGUCCUACUCUCCGCCACCACCACAACAUUAGAUCAUCGGGUCUUGACUAGAUCUAGAUGGUUGCGGCGUAGGUGGAAGGUAUGUAGAUUUCCUAGAGCUUUCAAUCUUCUGAGGUCCAUAUAAGAGAAUUAUGACUCACAGGUCUACUGUAUGUAAAAUCUAAACAUUUCAUCUUUUUGUGUGGAAAGACAAACCAUUCUCUAAUUUAUUUCUCAGUUUUAUUA